AUGUUUUUUGUACUUAGCGAGUUUCUAGAAGAAGACGACUCGGUGAAUGUCAAUGAUAUCAAAACAAUUAUUUCAUUGCAUUUAAAUCAAAUAUCAAUUGCAUUGAAUAGUUAUUUCCCAAAAUAUAUUCGUGACGAUUUUCAAUGGAUUGAAAAUCCUUUUACUGUUUCUAUUGAAGAGUUGAACUUCAAUACGCUUCUUGAAACUCAGAUUAUCGAUCUUUCUUGUGAUAAAACUUAUGAACAUAAAUUUAGAAAUGAAACUCUUGUAUUUUUUUGGUGUGCAGUAUAUAAUGAAUAUCCAGAACUUUCAAUUAAUGCAAUAAAAAAACUAUUACUUUUUCCUACCACUUAUUCGUGCGAAAAAGGAUUUUCUACCAUGAGCAAUAUUAAAACAAAACAAAGAAACAGAUUAGAUGUCACACAUGACAUGCGCAUCAGCUUAUCUGAAAUUGUACCCCAGUGGGAAAUUUUAUGCAACAGUGUCCGAAAUCAAAAUUCACACUAA